UGUGCCGCCGCCCGCCGCGGGGCCGCGCCGCGCUCGCCGCCGCCGCCGAGCGUGCGAGGGGCGGCCCGUGCGGCGGAGCGAGCGCCGGCAGCGGGGACGGCGGGUCCAUGGAGCACAACCACCUCCACCUCCACAACGGCUCGCUCCUGGCGCACCACCGCUAUGGCUGCGGCUUGGGAUACGCACCUGUCGUCUACUACAGCCUGCUGCUCUGCCUCGGGCUGCCGGCAAACAUCUUGACAGUCAUCAUCCUCUCCCAGCUUGUAGCUCGCAGGCAGAAGUCCUCCUAUAAUUACCUUCUAGCUCUAGCUGCUGCUGACAUCCUGGUUCUCUUCUUCAUCGUCUUUGUUGACUUCCUCAUGGAAGACUUCAUCUUAAACAAACAGAUGCCUCAGGUACUGGACAAAAUAAUCGAGGUUCUGGAAUUUUCUUCCAUCCACACGUCGAUUUGGAUCACGGUGCCGCUGACCAUCGACCGCUACAUCGCCGUGUGCCACCCCCUCAAGUACCACACGGUCUCCUACCCUGCUCGUACUCGCAAGGUCAUUGUCAGCGUCUACAUCACCUGCUUCCUGACCAGCAUCCCCUACUACUGGUGGCCCAACAUUUGGAUUGAAGACUACAUCAGCACGUCCAUGCACCACGUCCUCAUCUGGGUCCACUGCUUCACCGUGUACUUGGUGCCCUGCUCCAUCUUCUUCAUCCUGAACUCCAUCAUUGUGUACAAGCUGCGGCGAAAGAGCAAUUUCCGCCUGCGAGGGUACUCCACAGGGAAAACAACAGCCAUUUUGUUUACUAUAACUUCUAUUUUUGCCAUACUGUGGGCACCAAGAAUAAUCAUGAUACUGUAUCACCUCUACGUGUCUCCUAUAAACAACAGCUGGGUGGUCCAUAUUGUGUCGGACAUCGCCAAUAUGCUGGCACUGCUGAACACUGCAAUUAAUUUCUUCCUCUACUGUUUUAUUAGCAAAAGAUUUCGCACAAUGGCAGCUGCCACCUUGAAAGCCUUCUUUAAGUGUCAGAAGCAACCUGUGCAAUUCUAUACAAACCAUAACUUUUCCAUAACAAGCAGCCCUUGGAUUUCCCCAGCCAACUCUCACUGCAUCAAAAUGCUUGUUUACCAGUAUGAUAAGAAUGGGAAGCCUAUAAAAAUAUCACCAUGAAAAGGCCAAAAGUUGGAGUUUCCGGGUGCAAGUUCCUUUCAAGUGGUUACAUCUUCAGGAUGUAAUUUUCUGAAAUGGCUGUUUUGAAGAGAGGUCAUUUGAUUUCAUUUCCCUGGGUGACCAGGGGCAGAUCAGACUGUCGGGAGCAAACAGGAGCACUUGAUUUUAGGAGCAAAAGUGAGAAGGCAAACACCUCCAUCUCUUAUAUAGCAUUUUGAAUAUGCUUCAGAGUUCAAGUCUUAGUGUUCAGUCACACUCAAACGUUUUGCAUCCCAACACCAGUGCAAUCCAAAGUCAUCAGAAGGGCAAAGCCCCAGCAGUGUUGAAAACACAACCUUUUAAAACACCUUACUUGACCAUCAGUUUGCUAUCGAGAAAGUAAACAGAUGCUUUUGUGUACUGUGGAAGGUGCCAUUUCUGGAGUGUGCACUUGCCAAAAAUGAUGUGUCGAUUCUGGCAUGAAAUGCCACCACGCAGAGUUGUGCUGUCAAGGCCUCCUUGCAGGAGGCAGCCUGUGAGACACAAAUGGUGACAAGCCUGGUUUUGGCUCAUUUGAACAAGGCUUGAGGACUGAUACAGUACCUGUUGCAGCCUUGGCAUGGAAAGCAAUCCUGCAAGCUGCCAAUAUUUGCGUGUUUUAAGUUGUUAUUUAAGAAUGUGACUGAGACAGGGGAGCUCAAGGGAGGGAGGGAUGUUUCUAGAGCCAAGAACAAAAGCUGCAUCUUUCCCCAUCUAUUUCAGUCAUGGUGUCAGUGUCUAAGGACUUCCAAGGGUGAAACCAACUCCUGCCUAAAGCAGAGCUCUCACCGAAGCUGCUCCUGUGAGCAGUGAUCAAAGCCUUCAAGUUCCUUCUUAAUCAAUACAGAUUCUCAGUUAUCCCCCGUGUUCAGGCCUUUAGGGAUUGACAUACAAAAACCUCAAUUUAAGAUUUUCUCCUGAUGGAUGAUGCCAUUCUCUUGCAGAUUUGCCAUUUAGUUGUUUUUAAAAAAACCCAAAAAACUGUGAAAGAAAUUCAUUAAAUACCCAACAGCAGUAAAAACAUUGAAGCCUUAGUUUAAGCUGAGUUUAAGCUGAUCUAAGUACUUCACUUAUUUAGAGGAGGUUAGCUUCUCUCCCUUCACACUCAAAAAUCAGCAUCCCAUCAAUGCUGAGUGUAGAAAAUAAGAGAGAAAAUCUUUGUAGUAAUUUCAGUAAGAGAUUUACUGAAAAUGCAUUUCUUUUUAUUUCUUCCCCUUUCAGAUCUUGGCAUGUGGUCUCUUGGAGCCACAUGCCACAACCUCUUCAUUCAUUGGGCACUUACUAGAGCCUCACUGGUGUGAGGGCAGUGAAGGUGUGAGGUGAACACAAGCCCAGCGUGGUCAGUGCACACAGCAGACCCUCAGGAGCUGCAGUGUCAGUGCCCACAGCAGACCCUCAGGAGCUGCAGUGUCAGUGCACACAGCAGACCCUCAGGAUCAGUGGUACCUUGGUGCUAAGGCUGUGUUUGUGCCUGUGCCCAUCUCCAGUGCCAGCAGGGAGCUCGUGGUGCAUCAGGAACCAACACAGAGGACCUCUGAGGAGGGAUCCAGUCAGUCCUGCUGUGGUGGGAUCAGAGGGCUGAAAACAUCUCUCUAAAACACAUGGAUGGCUCAGCUUUGGUGCAUAUCCCCUAAGAAAUGCCAAGUGAAGUCCUGCUGAGGACAAGAGCCUGGUUCCCUUGUGCCACAGAGGUUCGUGUUUGCACGAUGCCUGGUACCACAUCCUGCAAGAGCCAACCAUCCCCACCCAGCACACCUGAGCUCUCCUUCCCCUGGUGAAGGAAGGGAACGGCAGCAGGAGGCCCGGGCCGUGGAGACCAGGCCCCAGCACAGCAUUGGGGGGCUCUCCAGAGAGAUCCGGGCUCGCUCAGGGCAGAGAGGGGAUGCCCAGGGCCCUCCCAGUGGCAGAGCUGCUCAGCAAUUCUCUGCAAGGUGCUGAGGCACCCCAGGGACCCCACAGGCCACAGCAAGGGCAGGGGCACGUCUGGGGAAAUGGGGGCUGGGGGCAAAAGCUGACCCUUUCCAGCCUCACCCCCAAAGGGACGGUAUCCAUUUCCAUGUCCCCAAAGAGAAAUGAGGAGCUUCUCAGUCUGUUGGCUAUUCAUCCUUGUGAUCGCAGAGCUUCACCCUUGCAAUAAUGAAGUGUAAAAGGGAUGCCCAGCCUUGCUGUAUUUGUCAUGACAAGGUUAAAAUUAUUGCUCCCUUUAUAGUGUUUUACAGAAAAUCAGUUUUGCGGCCAUCCUUCCUGCCCUUCUCUCAGAAACCUCCCCCUGGUCUUUGUCAGUUGAUAGUAACCAAAGUUACCUUCUGGAAAAGGUACUGUACGUUUCAUUUUGGAAAAACACUGUAUUUAUAACUUAUUUUUAUUCUACAUUUGUUAUGAGGAAUGCUUGUCUGAGUUAAAUGUGAAUGAGUCUGAAGUGCAAUAUCUAUAUAGGUAAGUGGUUCAUUUUUGAGAAUGUAUCUAUUGAAAAAAUACCUAUUUAUACAAGAAGUUCACUAUUCUACUUAAUAUAAUAGUAACCUUAAAGAAAAUAGUGAAUGUUUAGGGCUUUUAUUUAUUAAAAAAAAUUCAAUUAAGUGCAUGGCAUAUGCUGCCAUUCACAUGCUGUGACUUAUUAAUUUUUGUAACAUAAUGUUUAUCCUGCAAACUAUCAGUGUCAUCUGAUUUUUUCUGUCCUGAUAAUGUAUUUUUGUAAAUUACCGUAUUUAAAAACAAAAAUCUUUCUGCGUAUUUUUUUCCGUAUGAAAAAUAACGCAUUCAGUUCUUGUAAUUUAUUUGGAAAAGCUCACAAUCGUUUUCCAUAUCCUUUUAGGAAUGACAAGGUGCAAUUUUCAUGUACAGUGGAUUGAUCAUUUCUCUUCUGGUAAUGUAGGGCUUUAAAAGCUUGCUUCCAAAGCCCUUUGAAGUUAAAGGGAAGGUUGCUGGUGGGUUUUGGGGUUGGUUUUUCCAAUCCCCAUCGUUUUAGGAGGGCUUUGGAUCAAGCUGUAUCUUGUUAGCAAACAUUCAAAGCCUUCUUAGAGUCCAGUUUGGAUAAUAAAGCCUUGACUUUUUAGUCUGCCAUAUGGGAGCUGCUGUUGAUAAUACUUGCCUUAUUUUUGGUUGUGUGAAGCAUCUUGCAAUGACUGUUGCUAACUAGCCAUUGUCUUGCUGUAUUAUUUGUACCUCCUAAUUUUCCAAUAGAAAAACUCAACCACGCACAUAGUCUCAUUAUUUAGGGAAAAAGUAUCCUGGAGACAAAACCAUCUUUGUUGUGGAGAUGGUCUUUUGUACUCUAAUUUAUAUUUCAAAUAUCUACAAUUAGAAAAAAUAAGCUGUGAAUGGACAGUUUUACAAUUACUUAUAGGUAUGCAUUCUUGAAGACCACAGCUAGGAACAAAAUACUUUUUAGAUGAGUUGCUGGUAUAUAAAAUUAUGGGACCUAUCACCUAUUUAAAUUGUGAAUAUUGAUAUUUUCAUAAGUAGACAAUAUAUUGUGUUUGACAAACUUGUUUGUAUUAUAAUAAAUUAUGGUGCAUAACUUA